GUUCGGCUGAAGAAAAGUUCAAGAGAGAAGACCAUGGGGCAAUUCCUCUUUGUGACCCUGGGCUUGCUGGUCGUGGCCUUCUCCCUAACUGGAGCCAAACGUUGUCCCAGUAGUUGGCUUGGCAAGAAGUGGUUUUGCUACAAGGUCUUUGAUGAACAAAGGAGCUGGAGCGAUGCUGAGAUGUUCUGCAGGAAAUACAAACCAGGCUGCCACCUUGCUUCCAUCCAUAGUGGUGAAUUAUCGCAUGACUUGGCCGAGUACGUCUCCGACUACAUCAAAAUUGCUAAAUCUGUCUGGAUUGGACUGAGUGAUCCAGAGCAAAAAGACCAAUGGGAGUGGACAGACAGAUCCAGAACCAACUACGUAGCCUGGGCGGUUGAGGAGCCCAAUAAUUCAGAGGACAAGUUGUGCGUUCAGCUGAAGAAAAGUUCAAAGCCACAUCAUCCUGCUUCAAUCUCCACCUCGGGGUGUUUAGUUGGGCUUCAACACCUCAGACAAAGACCCAGAGUUGACAGCGAAGGAAGGAAGACCAUGGGGCAAUUCAUCUUUGUGAGCCUCAGCUUGCUGGUCGUGGCCCUUUCCCUAAGCGGAGUGAAAGGCUGUUGUUGUCCCAAUGAUUGGCUGCCCAUGAAUGGGUUUUGCUACAAGGUCAAUGAUCAGCUCAAGACCUGGAAUGACGCAGAGAUGUUGUGCAGGAAAUUCAACCCAGGUUGCCACCUCGCCUCCAUCCAUAGCAAGGAAGAGGCAGCUGACUUGGCCGAGUACAUCUCUGACUAUAUGAAAAGUAAUGGAAAUGUCUGGAUUGGACUGAACGACCCACAGAAAAAACGCGUCUGGGAGUGGACAGACAGAUCCAGCACUAACUACUUCUCCUGGAAUUCAGGAGAGCCCAACAACGAACAUAACAAAGAGUACUGUGUUGAGCUCUUGGCCAAGACAGGAUUUCUCAAAUGGAAUGAUGUACCUUGUGAGUCCGUUCAUCCUUUCCUCUGCCAGUGCAGAUUGUAGUGCAAAUCUCUCCUUUUCUUGCUCCCGAGUGAGCGAAGCACCUGGUGAAGUCUGGAGAAGCAACGAAGCUCUG